AGCAGAAAGGGUAUAGAAGAAAGGAGAGAGUGAAGAGUGUACACUACACAACGCAACUCUAUCUCUUCUCUAUCCAUCUCUUGCCUCUGGACAUGGCUCUGUCUUUUGGUCUCUUCUCUUCCAUUCUCCCACCAGAAACCACUUUGAGGGCUCCUACUGCUUCUCUUUCUCCUCAUGGCUUGCGCAUGCUGCGAACCGUUACCUUUGCCACCAUCUCUCAGUCUGACCCACCCACUCGCAAAAUCCGCGGUAUCAUGAAACCCCGCAAGGUGUCCCCUGAGAUGGAAGCCCUUGUCGGCGUUCCCGAGAUUUCUCGAACCCAAGCUCUCAAACAGAUUUGGGCAUACAUUAAGGACAACAAUCUUCAGGAUCCUGAAAACAAGAGGACUAUAAAUUGUGAUGAGAAGCUGAAGAAGGUGUUUGCAGGGAGAGAUCAAGUUGGUAUGCUAGAGAUUGCUGGUUUGAUUAGCCCACAUUUCCUUAAAAGUGAAAGUUAAGGUUUUGUGUGCUUUGGUGUAUUGAACAAUUAAUUACAUUUGGGAGUAUUAUGUCAUGCGACAUGGUAGCGUGUAGUUUUUAGUACUUUGAAUACAGAACGAGCAUUGUUGAAGAGUUCGUUUUGAGUGUCGUAGUCUCUUCAACAAGCGUUAGUAAUUUACCUAGUAGGUUUCUAUUUGACAUUUUAAAUAUUAUGAUGUUAUGUUUUCUUGGUUA